AAAGCACUGUUUCUUUUCCCUGAAGAAUGCAAAACAGGUAUCACGUCAACUUGUUUCAUCGUCGAGAAAGACCUCGAUUUAGUGGAGGGACAGUCUGUCCAGGUUAACUGGGAGGGAAAGAAAGUGCAAGCAGAGAUCCUUGCUGUAAGCGGUAAGUGUCAAUCAUAUGUUUUGAGGUCUAUAUCUUUUAGUUAGGUGAUCCUUUCUCGUAAGCACUAGCAAUUUGGGUUACAGUUAUAAUUUUUUUAACACCAAGUCCGUAAUUUCACGUCCAUGUUACAGAUGACGAGAAAGUGUUAGCUGAGAAAGACCUGGAAUGGUACAAGAAGAAUUUUCCAGCGGCGACAGAACAAAUCCGAGAAACCACAGAGCCACCAAGAAAAAAAAGUGCCUGAAAUAAGGUAAUUAGUUAGGUCGCCUAUUUCUUUGGGCUCUCUUAACUUCCUAAUCUAAGCUCCGGGGAACUUCUUUUAAUGGCGAUUGACUGAAAUUUAACAUUUACUCGUUACACCAAUUAAAUCUUUGUAACAUUGUCACUCGACCCUUACCUUGCAUAACUCCAAAAUGUUGUGAAUUUUGUGAUAGAUUUUUUGCUCUGUUUUGUACUAUUGUUGCUUGACCGCUACCAUGUGUAGCUCUGAAGUGUUGUUGUUAAUUGCAUGAAGGAAUUUUUGCUCUGAGCAAAAGGUAAUCAUUUGAUUUUGAUUGACUUAGCCUGCUGAAGUGCAAUGUCCCAAGACGGAAGCAAACCCAAGUGACCACCCGUACGAGGAGUUCUUGGUCGGCCAGAAGCAGAGGCAGUACGACUGGCAAAAAGUCUGAGAAUCCAAGAGGGCCAAGGUAGCAGAAAGCGCAGCACCUGUGACGGUGACAAGUUCCUCCCUACAAGACGAUGUUGUCACUAUACUCUGCCAGCAGCUCACUGCCAAGACAGAGGAGUGUCGUCAGCUAAUGAAUAUGGUAGAUGCCAUGGAAGAAGCGAACACUAAAAUUCUCUCCUGCCAGAUGCAAAUGCAAGAAAACUUUGUUAAGGUAAUGCAUUUACUUGUGGUCAGGUCCAUUCUCUCUCGACACAAAGACAGAACACUCCAUAGCUAACAUCACUAUUUUGCAAUUGGGAAAAUUUAAAAUAUUAGUUAAAUGGACUACUUCAGGAUUUAGAAAAUCACGGAUCGCCAAUGACAAAUUGAAAAUCUGGGCAAUUUUCUUUAAACCGUACUAUUUUACUGUACAUGGAGAUUUCAGAUUGCUAUUAAAACACUUAUUUGAUUAGAAACCACAACUUCGCUAAACAUAAAUGGAGGCUAAUAGACGGCCGUAUCGAAUUUGAAAAGCUAGCGUUUUGAGUGCUGGCCCUUCUGCCUUGUCCCAACUGAAGGUUUAACACUCAAAACAUGUGCUUUUUCAUAUUCUCUAAGGUCACAAAAAGCUAAUUUAAAAGCACUGUGUCCUGAAUCUGUCAGCUGACCCAAAUUUCCAUUAACUCUUGUAGAUGAUGGAGAAAUUUGAAACAUCCCUGUCAGGAAUGGAACACAAACUGGUGAACAAGAUGUCUGCCUUGGAAAACAACGCGAGUGCUGCACUAUCAAACAUCGAAGGACGCCUGGAGUCACUGGAAGGACAAUCCCUGACUCAUUUUUCAAGGCUCGACCUCGAUGCCACAGUCACAGAUAACGGCUUUGCUGCUGACAUCCCAGAGUUAGACAAAAAUGAGCCACCUGCAGACAUUGGGGGCCUAAGCACCAUUGAUACUGACACACUGGACAGGCUUUGUGAGGAGGUCCAACCAGUCAGGUUGUGCAACCUACCAGAGUGGCAACUUCUGCGCAGGAAGUUGGCGAGGAACUGAUUGGUACGUGUGUGACACCCACGAAAAUAAAAGCAGUCCAGCAGGCCCUGGGACGAGGAAGUGAACGGCACCUCUGUGUGCUGAAGCUCCUGCAGUCUUUUUUCAUCAGCAAGAAACUAGCGAACAGCAAUACUGAUGGUACUUAUGGAGAAAAGCGUCUAGACAGCGCCAAACUCAAUUCACUUAAAGUGUUAGUUUUCAAUAAGUUUCCAGCUGGCACCAGCGAGGAUAAGGAGAAAGUAUGGAGGUAUAUUAAG